GAAUAGCGGUGCUCAUUUAGGAGGACGUGCUUGGAGUGGACAAAUCAUGCGAAUGGUUUUGGGAAGAGAACGCGCGUUAGACCCACGAUGAAGGAAGGGAGGAUGAAUCACUGCAGAACAUUUGCCCUCUGUUGCAUCCUCUCCCUCAUUCAAACAGGAGGCGUCGAAGGUGUAAACAUCACCAGUUUUGGAAAUCUGAUCCGAGGCACAGUAGGUGGGGAAGCCCUGCUCUCUGUCCGGUACUCCAGCACCAGUCUGGAUCCACCUGUUAUCAAAUGGCAGCUCAAGAGGGAGAAACCGAUCACGGUGGUCCAGUCGAUUGGCACCGAGAUCAUCGGAAACCUGCGGCUGGAAUACCGAGACCGUAUCCUGGUGUUUGAGAAUGGCACUCUCCUACUGCAUAACUUAAAGCUCUCUGACGAGGGAGUGUACGAGGUGGAGAUCUCCAUCACUGAUGACACCUUCACAGGGGAAGAGAGCAUCGAGCUCACCGUGGAUGAGCCAAUAUCCACACCCUAUGUGGAUGUAACCACCUCCACUGUUGUGGAACUGACUGAACAUUUCACUCUGAACUGUUCUCACGACACGGGAACCAAAACCACGUACAGCUGGACGAAAGGCGGAAAGCCGCUGGUUAACCACACUCGCCUGCUGCUGUCUCCUGACCAGAAGGUUCUGACCCUCACACGAGUGCUGCUGGUGGAUGAUGAUGUCUACAGCUGUCUAGUGGAAAACCCUAUUGGCAGUGUGAAGAGCUUGCCGCUGAAACUCACCGUUUAUAAAAGAAGCUCCCUUUACAUCAUCCUUUCCACAGGAGGCAUCUUUGUCCUGAUCACUCUGGUAUCAGUGUGUGCCUGUUGGAAGCCGUCAAAAAGAAGGAAAAGACAGAAAGUGAAGACAAAUACACCAAGAUCCAGCCCUGAAAGCCACCAUAUCAUACACGAGGACAAACAAGAAGAUCAUGUCGUCCCGCUAAUGACAGAUCAUGAGCGCAGGAAUCCGGUCUCACUUUACAUCCUGAAGGAGAAGGACACUGCAAGCGAAGAACCUGCCUCAGUGUGCAAAACGUGCACGAGCAACGGCGGCAGCCCCUCCAGCACCAGGAGCUCCGCCCCACCUCAUACACACUCACCUGAACCUCCAGCACGUGCAUCCCGCCGUUACCCACGCACACCCACCAACUCCCCUCCUGUGCGCCACGGCCAGAGGAGGAGCCACAGCCAGAACCCGCCCACUCAUGCGCCGACUCCACCACGCACCCGCACCUCCAGUAGCUCCUCCCCUCCAAACCGGUGGCCUGCGGAUUCACCUCUCACCGAACCAGCUAAAAGUAGCAUCCAGCCUGUAAUGCUACUCCGAGAGAUAGAAGAGGGACUUCCUGUCAACUAAGUUGAGAUCAGGGCAUGUACAUGGAACAGAGAUGAAUGUGAAAAUAUGUAAAUAUCUUCUAUUUUUCUUUUUUCUUUUUUGCCAGUGCCUUUAUUUUCAAAAUCAGGAUCUUCACCUAUUCACCUUCACCUAUAUUCACCAAGGUUUAUGAAGAAAUUCUCUUGCUUGCACAGUAGAAAGAACAUUAUUAUAUAGAACAAAAUAAACCUACUUAACUGUACCUUGUCUCUAGGGUGGUACUCUCAAGUGUACAUCUUUCGUACCUUUAGUUUGUUUGGUUUUUUUUUGCGGGGGGGGGCUAGACAUGUGUUCAAAGUGUGCAUUUUAAGCUUUACUCUAUAAACAAUGUUACAAACCAAUUACAGUCAUGGGAAAAAGAAAGUACACCCUUCUUCAAUUAUAUUUACAAAUAUGUAUAGUAUGUAAAGUAAAUGUCAUUUUGAUUUACAAAUCAUGGAAGCACUGAAAGCAACAUGUUCUCUUAGGUCUUUUGUUUGAUUGUGCAAUAUAUAUAUAUAUUUACUUCAAAUUCUCGUUUCACUGCCGAAUACACGAUGCAUCCAUGUACUCGUUUUUUCACCAGGAAAUAACGGAGUAUGCCCGAUUUUGCAUUCAGCUGUAGCUCCACAACAUUAAAUCAACAUGUUCAAGAUAAUAGCUGAUUCUAUUAGCGCUCUUUAUGACGGUACAGGAACGAUGUUAGAUGAACAUCAUUUUUAGGCUGAGUUCAGGAUUAAUAAUCAUUUAGGAAUCCAUUUCGAGCUGCAGAAAUGACAUGGGUCACAUGGCUUUUCAAUAACUAUAAAAUAAUGAAAUGGCUGUAAGUAUACGAAUCAAACAUAUGUACAAAACUUUUAAAUACCACGUGCACUUCUUUCCUUUUGCUUGAACAUGACUGUGAGUAGCACAAUGUUGUUUCAUUUCUGUUCUUUUUUUUUCUGACCUUAGAACCUGUUUUUUGAUUUUUGUCACAUUUCAUGACUGCUUAGUGGAGAGUUUGCAUAAAUUACAAGGGCAUUACAAUGGAGAAAUAAAACAUAAAUGGACUGUA